UGGUAGGAUGCGCUGCGCUGCUGCAGGGUUGAUCGUGUCGCACACGGGGCACGCCCGGGUACCUCGCCGUGUGGAAGCUGUUUGGCGGAAUGGGAAGGACGGGUGUGGAGCUUGACGUAGGAUCGGCGGGAGAGCUGUAUCAGGCGCUCCCGUACGAAUUGAGAGAUAUGCGACGAGUUUCACAGCAUGCGAGCACGCAUAGGGUAGGGGUAGGCUUGUUCGAAGAAGGUGUGGUAAUGCAUGCAAGGGGAGCGAUGGAUAGGUGGGAAGCUUCAGUCACUGUCCGUGUCUCUUUACCACCUUUCGCCAGUGUUUGCUUGGACAACGACUGCUGUGACGAAGGAGAUGCGCCGACGGUGGGCCUCUUCAAGCGGGGAAGCUUCUUCUGUGAACGCGGCAGAAGCCGAGCCGCUCCUUCUUCCUAUUCUAACCCACUUCCCUUCUCCGGUAGAGGGAGAGUACUAAGCUUUGCUCCCCUGCUGUCUCCUUCCAUACCUCGCCUGGCAAAACCCACCGCAUGCUCGACAGCAGGAAGAUUAAUGAAAAUGAGGAAGAUGGGCUGGUCCAUGGUCGUUUGAUCCAUAGGCGCUCUACACCGCCUCCAUCAACUGUAGGUGGAUCUCUUGUUGAGUGACCCCAAUGUCUGUGGUAAUCUUCUAAUGGUCAAUCAACCAAUACUCAUCAAAGAUCCAUCCAAAGGGGACCAUGUCUCGAAUGAGGCCGAAAACAGAGAGUCAAAUGAGUUGGUCUGGCCAGACGUUGAUCCUGUGCAUAAACAUAUCAAUGCAUCGGUUGCACCGUG